CGCGAAACGCUUGAGAAAGGCCAUCGACGCGGUGUUUUUAUGCUAAAUCAUUGACGUUAACGCUAGAAAACAAUGCCGAGAAUAACGCGCGGAUACACGAGUGAACAAAGAUGGCCUCCAAAAAGUAGACACCUGUUAAAAUCAGUCCCGUCACGUAACGCACACAUAAUUUAAAAACACCAAUUUUAUUAUGUGAAACAUUAGAUUAAUGUAAACUCGGUCCAUUAUUUCUCUCUCUUUUUCCUUGUGCAACGAAGCACAAGAGAGACUGACAAUACUACAAGAUUAGUGUUUCAGAUUACCCAAUCUUUCUCCUUAAUUCGUACUGCAGUUGCAACAGCUGCGUGUAAAAGAGAAGAAAAAAGAAAACAGAGUUUUGACGCUGAUGAGAUCUAAUUAAUCUGACCUGUCGAGAGAACGAGAGGGGGUGAGAAGGAGGAAGAGGAGGAGGACAAGAGGGCGAGUAACCAUUAGUUAAAUUGGUAGGUUAGGUCGGUCCACGGCGUAUCGACCGGUCGCGCCGUAUCGACGACGAAAAUUUGGCGGCUCCCAAAAUGGUCGGCGCCGUGUGUCUCCCGAACAGGUGUCGACAAGAGAGAGUGAGAGAGAAAGAGAGUGGGAGAGAAAUGCGUCGUCUCGCACUUACCACUUCGCUGCAUCGUCGUUCCGCCGGGACGUCGGAGCAGCGGCUCAUCGAGGAGCACGAGCCUUCGUGCUUCGUGGACGACGCGGGUAAGCGGCCACGGGUGCGCUUCCUCGCAUGCCACACUCGCGACGCGACCCGGGCACUCGAGCCGAGGGCACUCGUCGCGGACGGGACGAGACGCGGCCGACGGCGACCGGACGAUCGGAGCGAGGAACGCGAGAGAACGGCCGACGUUGCUCCGGCACACGCGACACAGCCGCACUUUUCAAAUAUUCGCGUGUAGACCAGGGUCUCCCGCACACGACGAUUCGAGUGCCGCCGACGCGUGCGCACGAACGACACGACGGACGCGACGCGCGCACCGUCACCGGCGCCGUGUGGCGUGAAAACACGCGAAACCACGCGAAACCUCUCUCCUCUGGCCGUCGAGAAAGAUGGCGGCGGACUCCACCGCACGCAGUUCAUGUGCCGCCAUCUGUCGGCGCCAUCCGAAAGUAGCACGAGCGCCGGUCACGUGACGCGUCGUCUCGUGCGAUGAGAUGAGCCACGACUCCAUUUUAAGGUUAUUCAGAGACGCGGUUAUCUUAGAUUAUGGGCAGGGCGUGCUGCGUCCAGGGAUGUCCCUCGGGCGGGGAUGCCCCGUCUCAUCAGAUCCCCAAGAAUCCGGCUCUCUUUCAGAAGUGGAAGAACUUGAUUUACUCCGAGAAACUUCAGCAUCUGACCGACGAGCAGAUAAGUAAAUGCGCCGUGUGCUACCGGCACUUCGCCGACGACGAUUACCUGGUGACCUUCAGGGUAAGGAAGUUGAAACGCGGCGUCGCGCCUUCUUUAAACUUGCCGAACCAUCCGACCUUCGUUACAAUUAAAACGGAACCGCAAGCGUUAGACGCGGACACGAGCAUGUUCGCUGCGUCGAGAGACGAUGCGGAAUGGUUGGGAAGUCAAAGGGUAAUGAGAGUCCCGGAUACGAAUCGAAUUAAGUUAUUUGAAGAUCCGGACGAAAUCGAUUUCUUCGACCAGCUGGAGGAAACUUUACCUGAAAAACGUACGGAUGAGCAGCAAAUUAAUUCAACAACGCUGGAAACAUUAAAAUUAAAUCAUACUGAUGAAAUGUUAAAUCAUACUGAUGAAACGUUAAAUCAUACUGAUGAAACGUUAAAUCAUAGAGGUAAGCCAUUGAGAAAAAAGCAAAAAAAGUUAUCCGUGGUGCAAUUGCCUCUGCUUCGACGUAAGAAACAGGCCAAGCGAUACGAGAAAACGCCUACGAUACAAAAACUACUGUCGUUCCUCACGCCUGCCGAAAUAGUGUCUAUCCAAACCAAAAUACAAAAGUCGAAAUACUCCCCGAGAGUAUAUGUAAGAGUGUAUCACAAUAUUGCAAAGAGGAGAGCUUUUGAUCCUUUGGUCUAAUAAAACUUAUCUCGCAAAUUUCAAAGUUGAAAAAAUUGAUACACAAAGUUCUAAUUGUAGAAUAUCACACGAAAAUAAAUGUAACGUAAUCUAUCGCAUUUAUCAGCAUAAAAGAAUUAGUUUCAUAAUAACAAAGUAUAAUGUAUCUUUAUAUUAUUACAUAAUAAUUAUAUAUAUUAAUAAGAAAAUAAUCAUGUUAAUUUUCCUGUUCACACAUACCUCGUAUACACAUUGUUUUUCAGCACACGUUAAAUCACGACACUUAAGUUUAAUUUACUUUGACAAGUAUAUAAAAAAAAACGAUCUUCAACGAUCUCUUACAUAUACUUUAAUAUUUCUGGAAAAUAUUCGUAUAGUUGUUUAUUGGAAAAAAAAAUUCCAUAUGAACAUUACAAUUAAUUAUUGUGCUUUUAGUUUUCCAAAUGAAAAGAAAAUUUACAGGACAAAAGUCAAAUUGUAUGUACAGUGUUAAUAAUAAAAAUUCUAAUUGUAUACA